AUGUCGAACGGCAACUCUUCAGACAACGUCUUCGUCCGCUUUAAACAGAAAGUCGACGACCACGUUGCAUCGGCCUUCCAGCGGUUCCUGGGCAUUCCUUCGGCCGUAUCACGUCUCAACAGCUCAUGGCCGGAACCGCCUCUGCCAUCCCGUGAAAAAGAGCUUGGGGACACAAGGCCACUCACCGACAACAACACCAACUUACAGCCCCGUGUGUCAUCCACGCAGCACCCGCACCCCACCGUCUUUGACCUCUUCGGCCCCAUGUCGUCCAUCUCAGCCCUCUUCAAGGCCGAAGAGGUCACCGAGUCUCUGUACCAGCUCAUGUGCUUCUCGUUCAUCAUCGAUUCGCCCUAUUCACCAUUACGACUCCAUGAUAUGCCGCAGCCUGUGCCUCGGGAUCUUCCCAACGGGGAGGACCCGACCUUGUUCGGAUUCGAGGAUGCGUUUGAGGAUCUGCUUAUGGUGAGCAGCGGUCAGGAUCUGCCGGAUAUUUACGAACGUGUCCGCUUCAAAAAGGAAGUUCGCGACUCAUUCCCUCAUGGUCUGCCCCCGAUGCUUUGGCUUCACCAGCUCACUCGCCAAGGUCUGUGGGAUGGAUGGGAACCAAGGCCAGAGGUGUUGGACAGGGCCGUGAGUGAGCGUUGGCAACGGUGGUUGCAAGAGCAGAACGACCCAUUCAAAGACCAAAGGACACAAUCUUCCCGAAAUGACUCGGCCCCGGAGGAGAGGCGGAGGUCUGUCACGGAAGAGAAUCCGGCACAGGAGUCCUCAGUUCGCCCCCCACAGGACCACGGAGAGACGGAGGAGGAUUCAUAUUUUUCAGUCAUGGGGUCAGCUCGUCUGAACACCUCGCGAGAGACGUCCACAUCAACGGCGCCGACCCCCAGAAACUACUCCUCGACGAAGGAUCUCUCACCACAAGGUCUACCCCAAGGAUGGCGCGUCGUCGAGAAGGUGCAAGAACGGGAGGACGGCAAGGGAAACGUAUACAUCACCAAGACUAUCACGACUUACAACGAGAGUGGCGAGGAGGUUGGUAAGCAGACGGAGAGACAGUCCAACUACACUUGGUCGGCGAGCUUCUCGACCGGCGGCUACAAAAACAGGGGCCGUGACCAGCGAGAGGACGAUGGUAUUGAGGACAAGGGCAGCUGGUUCUGGAAAUGA